GCAUCUGAAGAAGCCUCCCUCAGGGCAUUGGAAAGUCUGAUGACAGAAUUUUUCCACGAUUGUACAACCAAUGAAAGAAAACGUGAGAUAGAGGAGCUUCUUGAUAACUUUGCGCAGCAAAUAGGAGCCUGGAGACUCUGCCUAUACUUCCUCUCCAGCACUGGGAAUGACUAUGUCAUGAUGUAUAGCUUAACGGUGUUUGAGAAUCUGAUCAAUAAAAUGUGGCUUGGGGUCCCAUCUCAAGAUAAGAUGGAAAUCCGUAGCUGCUUGCCCAAACUCCUUUUGGCUCACCACAAAACCUUACCUUACUUUAUCCGGAACAAGCUCUGCAAAGUUAUUGUUGAUAUUGGCCGUCAAGAUUGGCCCAUGUUCUACCAUGACUUUUUUACGAACAUUUUACAGUUGAUCCAGUCCCCCGUGACAACCCCCCUCGGGCUGAUCAUGUUGAAGACGACUUCGGAAGAGCUGGCUUGUCCCCGUGAGGACCUCAGCGUGGCUCGGAAGGAGGAGCUGCGGAAGCUGCUGCUGGACCAGGUGCAGGCCGUGCUCGGGCUGCUGACAGGUAUCUUGGAGACUGUUUGGGACAAACACAGUGUCACUGCUGCCACCCCACCACCAUCCCCGACCUCAGGAGAAAGUGGUGACUUACUGAGUAACCUGUUGCAGAGUCCUAGUUCAGCCAAACUGUUGAAUCAGCCAAUCCCCAUCCUUGAUGCGGAGAGUGAGUAUAUCUGUUCCCUGGCCUUGGAGUGCCUGGCCCAUCUCUUCAGUUGGAUUCCUCUGUCUGCCAGCAUCACCCCAUCCCUCCUAACCACCAUCUUCCACUUUGCGCGCUUUGGCUGUGACAUCCGGGCCAGAAAGAUGGCAUCUGUUAACGGCAGCAGCCAGAACUGUGUGUUGGGUCAGGAGCGCGGCCGGCUUGGGGUCCUGGCCAUGUCCUGCAUCAAUGAACUCAUGUCCAAGAACUGUGUGCCUAUGGAAUUCGAGGAGUAUUUACUACGUAUGUUCCAGCAGACUUUCUACCUCCUGCAGAAAAUCACCAAGGAUAACAAUGCCCACACGGUGAAGAGCAGGCUGGAAGAACUCGAUGAGAGCUACAUCGAGAAGUUUACUGACUUCCUGAGGCUCUUUGUGAGUGUCCACCUGAGAAGAAUCGAGUCCUACUCCCAGUUCCCCGUGGUGGAGUUUUUGACGCUUUUGUUCAAGUACACGUUUCAUCAGCCUACUCAUGAAGGUUACUUCUCUUGUUUGGAUAUCUGGACGCUCUUUUUGGACUAUCUGACAAGUAAAAUUAAAAGCCGUCUGGGAGACAAGGAAGCAGUUCUCAACAGGUACGAAGACGCUCUAGUCCUUUUGCUCACGGAGGUGUUGAAUCGAAUCCAGUUCAGAUACAACCAGGCCCAGUUGGAGGAGCUGGAUGACGAGACUCUGGAUGACGAUCAGCAGACAGAGUGGCAGCGAUAUUUGCGCCAGAGCUUGGAGGUGGUGGCCAAAGUGAUGGAGCUCCUUCCCACACACGCCUUCUCAACACUGUUCCCAGUUCUUCAGGACAAUUUAGAAGUUUAUCUGGGGUUACAGCAGUUUAUAGUUACUUCAGGGUCAGGACACAGGCUGAACAUCACUGCGGAGAACGACUGCCGGCGACUGCACUGCUCCCUGAGAGACCUGAGCUCCCUCCUGCAGGCCGUGGGCCGGCUGGCCGAGUACUUCAUCGGAGACGUGUUUGCAGCGCGGUUCAGCGACGCCCUCACGGUCGUGGAGAGGUUGGUCAAAGUCACUCUGUAUGGAUCUCAGAUAAAAUUGUACAACAUUGAAACUGCUGUGCCGUCAGUACUGAAACCUGAUCUCAUCGAUGUGCACGCUCAGUCCCUGGCUGCUCUGCAGGCUUACUCUCACUGGCUAGCACAGUAUUGCAGUGAAGCUCAUCGGCAGAACACACAGCAGUUUGUUACGCUCAUCUCCACCACCAUGGAUGCAGUCACACCUCUGAUCAGCACCAAGGUCCAGGACAAGUUGCUGCUGUCCGCAUGUCACUUACUGGUCUCCCUGGCCACCACCGUGCGGCCCGUCUUUCUGAUCAGCAUCCCCGCGGUGCAGAAAGUGUUCAACAGAAUCACCGAUGCCUCUGCUCAGCGACUUGUCGAUAAGGUGAGACCCCGGGGCCACCCUGCGUCGGCCCUGGAGCCGUGUGGCUCAGACUCAGGGAGGCUGAGGAAGGGGAGGCUGGCCUUUCUGUUGCACUCAGAGUUUAGAGGCCACGCCAACGGAGACGGGUUCCUCACAUUGUCCCCCCUUCUCGUGUGUUCCCCGUUACCCUGCUUUAUCCUCAGACAAGUCCUGACAUACACUGAAUCUCGAUUUGCAGCCAAAGUGAUUAUCCACCAGACACUUAGUGUCUUAGAAGACAUCGUGGAGAAUAUCUCCGGGGAGUCCACCAAGUCCCGGCAGAUCUGCUACCAGUCGCUGCAGGAAUCCGUGCAGGUCUCCCUGGCCCUCUUUCCAGCUUUUAUCCAUCAGUCAGAUGUGACCGAUGAGAUGCUGAGCUUCUUCCUCACUCUGUUUCGAGGCCUUAGAGUACAGAUGGGCGUGCCUUUCACGGAGCAGAUCAUACAGACUUUCCUCAACAUGUUUACCAGAGAACAGUUGGCCGAGAGCAUCCUCCACGAAGGCAGCACUGGAUGCCGGGUGGUGGAGAAGUUCCUGAAGAUCCUUCAGGUGGUGGUCCAGGAGCCUGGCCAGGUGUUCAAGCCUUUCCUCCCCAGCAUCAUCGCCCUGUGCAUGGAGCAGGUGUAUCCCAUCAUUGCCGAGCGCCCCUCCCCUGAUGUGAAGGCUGAGCUGUUUGAGCUCCUUUUCCGGACGCUCCAUCACAACUGGAGGUACUUCUUCAAGUCCACUGUCCUGGCCAGUGUGCAGAGGGGGAUCGCUGAGGAGCAGAUGGAGAAUGAGCCUCAGUUCAGUGCCAUCAUGCAGGCUUUUGGACAGUCCUUUCUCCAGCCUGACAUCCACCUAUUUAAACAAAAUCUCUUCUACUUGGAAACUCUCAACACCAAGCAGAAGCUCUACCACAAGAAGAUCUUCCGGACCACCAUGCUGUUUCAGUUUGUGAACGUGCUGCUGCAGGUCCUGGUUCACAAGUCCCACGACCUUCUGCAGGAGGAGAUCGGCAUUGCCAUUUACAACAUGGCUUCUGUGGACUUUGAUGGCUUCUUUGCAGCCUUCCUCCCAGAGUUUCUGACCAGCUGUGACGGCGUGGAUGCCAACCAGAAAAAUGUGCUGGGGCGGAAUUUCAAGAUGGAUCGGGACCUGCCCUCGUUCACCCAGAACGUGCACAGGCUGGUCAACGACCUGCGUUACUACAGACUCUGCAAUGACAGCCUGCCCCCCGGCACCGUGAAGCUCUAGCACGGCCUGCUUACCGCGAGCUCCGGCUGUCACCCGCCUCCCCUCCGCCCUCUGCCACGGACGGCGCCCGGACAGGCCUCGGCCGCUCCCUGGAUUCUCGCACCCUGGACGGCGGUGCCUGCCCCCCGCCCCUCUCCACGCUUCUCUCCUGCUGCCCACCCAGCCGAACGGGCUGCAGGGUGCAUCUUAGCGCUGGUUGGAGUGCCCAGGGCAUCGGGAGCGGGCGGAGGGUCGUGCAACCAGGUUCCAGGGAGGCCCCAGGGAAUCCUGCGGGCUGGUCCGCGCCGUGCCCAUGGACGUCAGCCACGAGGCAGAAACGCCAAGGACCGCUCAUGACAGUGCCACCUUCUCACCAUUCCGCCCCCGGCCCAGCCGGCCCUGGAGAGACUUGAUGCUGGAACUGUUUUGGCACUUCUGUCAAGCCUCUCCUGCCCUCCCCUCUGAUUGCCUUGAAGUCUCUGCUCUUCGUCAGAGAUUUGCAGACUUGUGGGUUUUUUUGUUCUUGUUUUCUCAUCAUUCCAUUGUGAUACUAAGAAGCUUAAUGAAAAAAUAAAAUGCUUAUGUUGUUGUUAUAUAAA